AUGAGCAGGCUUUUGGCGCAAGACUCGACAGCGGGGAGGCUCAGGGCUAUAACAGAGUUAAGAAGUCUAAGAAUGAGGCCCAACCAAGAGGUUGCUGACUUCUGCGUAGCAAUGGAAAGGCUGGGUCAGCAGGCAAAUCCGGAUAGCACGAUCGAAGAUCGAUCGUUGGAGUAUGCGCAAAUCCUUCUGGAUAAUCUUGCGGAAUGGCCGGGACGCUCGAGGGUUUACGACGAGAUAAAGCAACUAGCACUGAGCAUUGAGCAGUCGAGGCUUAUGUUAGACGUCAACAAAGAAAACAGCUGCACUACGCUGGAGGGGCAGGGUAAACAACUGAUUAUGAGAGAACCCCAGCCUGAUACUAAGGAGAAGACACUGUCGUCCAUUAUUAGGCAGGCUAGAUGUAUGGGCCUAAGGGUUGAAGACAAACGGGAGAUGGCAGGGAAGCUUAUAGGCCAUCGAAUCACAGUCCUCUUUGGACGUGAUGGGUCAAAAAUGCCAGGCAUUGAUAGAUACGGGAUCGAUGAUCAGUAUUAUCCCGGUGGAACUGCUGGCAGAGAUUCAGGAUCAAGGCUUUGA